CUCCAGGGAUUCAAAGUUCAUUGCCCAGAGAGGCUUGGCGGUGGGGCCCAGGCGGCACGCAACUGGGAACGUCUUUGCCCUGGCAUCCCCCCAGUCCUAUCCCAUACCCUCCAACUCUCCCAGUUUAGAUGGGAACAAUCUGGGUUACUUCUCUGCCGUCCCGCUUUUUCAGCGGCUCUUAAUAUCUCUCUCUUCCUCCCACUUUCCCGCUUUGUUCCCUUCUUACUUGGAAUGCUGCAGACCGAUUUCGAAGCACAAAAGUAGUCACAUGCCCUAAAAGCAGCAUGCAGACUACUUUUGUCCUUUGCAAUCGGUUUGCAUCAGGGAAGAGACGAGGGGGCAUAAAAUACAGACACAUGAAAAUGAGUUGGUUUGUUUUGGAGGAUCUUUGGAAAAGAAGAGACCACUGCAGUUGGGACUUGAGCCUCCGUGAAUUUGGAUUUUGGAAUCAACCCCAGCGGAUACCAAGGGUCCACUGUACAACGCUGGAACCGGUUUUAUCCAUGUUUCCGCCUUAUAUCAGACCAGACAUCCCCAUAGUUCAUAGUGGCCUCAUGCACCUGAGGAAUUCAGACUCUACUCUACAAAAGCUUGCACUGCCAACAUCUUUAUUUCAGUUAGUCCCAAAGGUGCUGCAAGAGAUUGAUUUUACAGACUAACAAGGAUAUAUAUAUAUAUAUCUUUGACUUGUGGUCAUGGUUGAUGCUGGGAGCAUGGUUGAUGUCCAGAAUGCUGUCUUGUAUGCCUCUGAAUAUCAGAACCAAGAUGUGUCAUAAGAGGUGACAAUGGAAAGUCAGCUGCAUUGCCCCUAAGGUUCUAGAAGGCAUCCAGCUGUCCUUCGAAAAGCCAGCAUGGAGGUCUCCAGUGUACUUUGUGUCCUGGCUCUGUUCUUCAUGGUGCAUUGCCUUAUAAAUCAAGAAGCCCGCACUCUGGAAGGUGAAGGCCUUCAGCUCCGCCAUGGGGGCACAGAAGCCAUAUGGAUGUGGUUCAAAGUGACUUGGGUGAUGUUCUCCACGAACCCGGCGCUGGUGUGGCUGGCCUUCAUUCUGACCUGGGUGUUUCAUCGGUUGUACCGAGCCUGGAAUCGCUGUCUCCCCAAGGCAUUCAUGGAACGUGGCACACAGACAGAGGGCCUUGGCAUGCAACACGCCCAGGUUCCCCCCUUUUACCAGAAUAUGAGUGGGGAGGACUAUGCCCAUAGGCUGGUCCGGAUCUCUGGCGAACUAGAGGACUUUGCAAGAAUGGUCCAGGGUAAGGUGAGGAAAGGCCUGGGGCACCUGGAAGAAAUCACUUAUAUUAUGGAGGGCCUUGAGGAUGUUACCACCCGAGUCAGAGGUGAGAUGAGGGAGAUCACUGGCCAGGGCAAGGCGACUGGUGUUAAACCACAAUCAAGACCGGCCGGCGCCCAGCCCACCUCACGUGCCCAAGGAGAAAAAGGAGACCUAAAGAAGUACCCUGCUUUUGAACUGCUUCAGCAGGAGAAAGCAGCUGUGCAGCGGCAGGAGGUGCCAACUGCCCAAGGACUGCGGAGGAGCCCACGGAACCACGCACGUUAAGAACAGCAAGCCAUCGUAUAAGGGCAGUAUAUAAAUAAAUACAGUCAUCCCUCUGUCUUGUCGUUGUUGUUGUUAUCCCACCGUAUUCGUGGGGGAUCCGUUUUGGCGACCCCCACGAACACGGAAUGUUGCAAUAUUCAACUCCCCUCUCCCUCCUUUCCACCCCCGUCCCCUCCCUCCUGACCCCCUCUUUCGCACACACACACCCCU